UGCCAAGCAACCGCCCAUUCAGUGCAGCAUCAGCACCUCGCGCUGGGUGAAUGCGGUGCCGCAUUGAACAAAUAUUACGGACACGUGCUACCACAAUGCGCUGCCUAUUUUAUCUUUCUAAAACCGAGUCACGCUGAAAUGGCGUCGGAUAUCGUUUACGCGACGUAAAGAUAUUGUGUGUGUGAAUAACACACGUAAGCUAAGACACUUAAAGUCUGGCGCGAUUACGUAGUGAUGCUCAUGUCCGGGAUACGGACGGGACGGGAGUCCUCGUGACUGCGGGAGGAAAAGGGGGAGACUGGAUCUAGGAUAAAACUCCCUCAAAGGGAACACCAUGGCUUUAUAAUUAUUAUUCAAAACAAACGGAUGCAUCAUGGGCACAACAUAGGGAGUGAGCGAGGCUGCUUUCAUUUCCUUUUUCUGUUGAUUGUUCCCUUUUCUCUCCUCAUACUGUUUUGCUUCAUGAGACGUCUUUUCCGAGCUCAGGCGGGGGCUGUGAGGCUCUCUAGUGGAAACCCGGGGAAGAUACACUUCGAUGUGAGCUGGACUGGGAUUGUUUCUUUAGUCCUGCUCCGCGCAUUCUCCUCCGCGGAGUAGCCAGAAGGCCAAAGGCGGAUGCGGCAGCCACUCGGCCUGCUAAAGGCUCUGGGUACCGCAAUGCCGCGGGGAUGGGGAGAGAGACACGGCAGGUGGGCGAUGGAGCGAGCGAGAUCAAAGGAUAUUGGAGAAUGCAGUUGUACGACGUCAAGAAUAAAUGUUGACACAACAUAAGAGUGUCAAGUUCAGUUUUAACAGCUGUGAAAUUAAUGUUAGGCCUAUAUUAUAGACCAUAACUGCAUAUUUAAAGGAGUAUCUUCACAUCCCAUAUCUUUUGAACUGUUACAUAGCCCCAUAAUUUAAGAGGUAUUUCAGUAGCCAUCAUGCCCUCACCAUCGGACUCCAGUAGCGUGGCCUCGAUGUCAGGGUCUCGAGCUUUGUCUGGUAGUCGCAGAGGAAUGUCUGGGAGGACCAGUGCGCGCCUGCUGCUGUACCUGGGCUUGUGUCACCUUGCGCUUGGGGCCAUGGUGCUGGCCUUCAGCUUCACAAGCCUAGCCUUCACCUCAUCACCCCGUGUCAGACAGUCCUGUCCUUUCUGGGCUGGCUUCUUCGUUGUGGCAUCAGGAGUAGUGGGUGUGAUAUCAUGGAGGAGGCCCUUCACUCUUGUCGUGUCGCUGUUCAUGCUGCUGUCUGCAGUGUGUGUGAUUCUCAGUCUGGCUGGUUCCAUGCUCUCAUGUCAGAAUGCACAGAUGGUCAAAUCUUAUGUUACCUGUCAGAUGGAGAAUCGCCUGUGUCUUUGCUGUGACCCAAAGCAGACAUGCUCUCCAACAGAAGAUGAGACGCUAGUGCUCUACCAACAUUCAGAUUGUCACGCUGUGCGUCACCAGCUCAAGGAUUUGCUGUUCAGUGCCUGUGGUCUCAGUAUUCUCUCCACCAUUAUCUGCACUCUUUCCACGGUCACCUGCAGCAUUCAUAUCUUCUCUCUGGACCUGCUGCAUCUACUGGCUCCUCAUCGCUCCCGUUCAGUAAACCCAGAAUGCACCACUCCUCAGGAUGCAUUUCUCAGUAACAUGAUGGACUUUGAGGAGUUUGUUCCGCCAAUUCCCCCGCCACCUUACUACCCUCCUGAAUACACCUGCAGCUCCGAGACUGAUGCACAGAGUGUCACAUAUAAUGGAUCAAUGGAGAGUCCCGUGCCUCUGUACCCAACUGACUGUCCUCCUCCUUAUGAGGCAGUGAUGGGUCAAAGGGCUCCUAGUCAGGCCACAGUGUUUGACACUCAAGCUGGUGAGCUGUCUGGAGAGAGAGGAACAUCCACGAAUUUCAGUGGUGAAGUGUCAAUGGACAGUGGCUCUCUGUUGAUGUCUGAGAUUGUGGAUAUUCCAGAUGACAGCUCCCCGUCCGAGGACUCCUGCCUCAUGGAAGUGGGUGUCGGUGUGCGGGCGCGACCACGGGGGGACAGCGAGGGAGGGGAGGAGGGAGAAUACGCCAGCUUCCGUUCCGCACAGCAUCCUGAGGGUAUGGUGGUCGCUCCUUCCGGCAGGCAUUGUUUCAGAGGCGAGAGAUCGAACUCCUGCUCCUCCCCGAGCACAUACAACACCUCUACCUACAGGUCUCCAUUGCUGAGGCGUCAAGCUUUGUUGGCUAGUAGCUGCUCUCAGUUGGAAUUCUUAGCGGGAUCUCAGCAUUCAUUUAUCCCGGAAAUCCGAGUUCGGCCCUGCCCGCCCUCCCGUCGGGACUCCUCAUCCGCAUUUAGCAACCCCCCUACCACAGCCCUGUCAGGUCCUGCUCAAGACCGCACGGACCACACGCCCGGACCGCUCCUUCUGAGGCCAUGUUUACGUGAGCAAAUUGGACGUGAUCGGAAAGACAGCGAUGGGUUCUUACCCCUUGUGAGGUCACACAGUGAACCAGGGCUUAGCUCUUCAACUGACACAGGUGAUUUCAGUCUCUCAGGACGCAGUAAAGGAGUCAGUGAGGGGGGAUCGCAGACCUCAUCUGAAACAGGGGUAUCGUCUGGAGCUGGUUUGUUGCCUCGCUCCUCUCUGGCACUUCCUGCUUCCCUUCCCAGAAAGGGCAGCAUUAAGGCUGUAAGUAGCCGGUUGCCCUCAAAACAGGUUCCAGCCACCUCGCUGCGUUUACCCAAAGACUGUGCACGCUCACUUGGAGACCUCAAGGUCACCAGAGUUUUAGUGCAACGUUUUUUGCAAAGAUCCAAACGUAAUUUGGCCCCUGCAACUGAGCAUGCUGGAAACUGUACUCAGGGUCCUAAAAGAAGGACAGGAGGAGAGGGAAAUCUGCCAUUAGAGCAGGUGCUUCGUAACUCUCUGGCAGCCAACAGAGGGCAGCAGCAGCAUGUCCACCACCAUUGCCGUGGACACUACCACUCCCAUAGCGACAGUCGUCACAACGCCCGUCGCCAUGAUGAUGACCCUGUAAGGGCUGGGGGAAUCCACUUGCGUAGCUGCGGAGACCUCAACUCAACAUCAGUCGCAUCACUGCGCAGGCUCCACCCAACGCCGCACGGAUCAUCAGGGGCUCUUUACUCAGAAUCUGCCCUCUGAAAUGGGAGACAGAUUCUGGAUUAAAUCACUGCGUGAUUAGGGAGAGGGGGCUCAGAAAAUUAGAGGAAAGAGUAACAGGUGGGAAAUAGGUUUGAGAUGAGGACUUUGUCUUGCAGACGGGGUUAUGCGAAGCUACCCUUGUAGCCUUGAUGAGGUUUUUAGCUGUUCUUACUAUAAUAAAAGACUGAACACUACACCCAAUGUAACCCUUCAGAUCCACUGCUCUCUGUGCCUGACAAACACUAUUCCAUUUUGUUUUUUCAUUUAUUUUUUGUUCCAUCUAGUGCUUCUUUUUCUUGCUCACUGUGUUUACAUGGAUAUGGAAAGAAUGCAGCCACCUCUGACACCGCGUCUUAUCUUCACAGCUCACUACAAUGCAGACAUGCAAAUACAAACAUACAUGGCCGUAACCUUGUCUUGAACAAAUAUUUAAAAUAUUUAUUUUAAAAUAUGCACAUAUUCUUAUGCUUAAUAUGUCAAAAACACAAAACAGCAUCACAUUGUCAUGAAUUACAUGAAUCACGCAAAUGAUUCAGCCUAUAUUUUCAAUUCAAAAUUGCGAAAUUGGACAAAAAAAGUCAAAUAGUUUGCAUCAUUGCUUAUUACUGUCUGUCAUUUAACAUUUCUGUCAUAAAACAGUUGACCUUUUUGACCGCUGUGGCAGACCAGCCUAAAAAUGUACCUUUUUAAACCAUUUUGUCAUCCUAACAACAAACAGAGCAGCAUCAAAAAUACGGCCUUGCAAACAUGCACAUGCAAAAUGCAUGACCAUACACACUCAAAUGUUGUAACCAGCCACUAAAUGCUUUUCACGAAUCGCCCAUCUCACUUAGCAUAGCUAAAUAUAUCCAAACAUCAUCUUACAUGUGUAAUAUGGCUUUAACCUCACAUUGUCACAGCAGCUGAGGUUGAUGCAGCAAUGAUUUUUUGGUUCAUUGGCAUUUUCUUCUUCUUUUUUUAAACAACUAAGAUCAUUCAUUUAGAGCUUUGAUAAUUUCUUGUGCAUCUGUCUGUCUCUCAUAGUGGAGUCUAGCUUCCCAGUCUGUGUGCUACUAUCAUACAGAAUGUUUCUGCAUGUAUUGAGAAGGCUUGUUUUCUCUUUUUGACAAAACACCAAAUGCACCAACACACACAGAUACACAAACAUGCUUGUGACAAAGCUAGAAUGCAAAGAAAUGUGUGAGGGAAUGUAGGAUUUUAUAAUACAAAUGAUUCUCUGGCAAUAAACAUACUUGUACAGUUAUAUUUGUCAAACUUGAACUAUUAAAGAAAGUUGGGACCUUAUUUUGAAAGAUACCUAUGAAAACUGAACUUUCACUGGAAGUGAGACUGAACACUGUCAAACUGAUCAAGAAUUUUUCAAUAUUCUAGACCAUUUGACUUUGGGAAUACAUUGGAAAGACAGCCAUGGACUUCUGGUGUAUCUACUUUGUUGUAUUCGGAAAUGGAUGUACAUCUAAAGGAGUAAUUGCAGUUGUCAAUUGUUUAGAAGUGCUUUGGAAUGCUAGCUAAUGGCUUUGAAUCGGUAGCAAUGUUGCUAAAUAAUGCAUUAAUACAAUUACUCUGUAUGUAAAUAACUUUGAUGCACGGACCCUUACGCUCACACACAUUCUGCAACUUUUUGAAGCACUGAAACCAAGUCUGAAAAGAGCUUGAUAUUCUACCUCUUGUAUUGCAUACACUGACAUGUUAUGGCCCAGUGGAAUAUUUUAAUUAAUUUAAGGAUUUUAUG